AGGUAGAGAUUGAAGACUUUGAAUACGACGAGGAAGAAGAGACUUACUACUACCCGUGUCCUUGCGGAGAUCGUUUUCAAAUAACUAAGGAGGACUUCGCGGGCCAGGAGGAGCGCGGCGAGGCACUUGGCGAGGGCCGGCGGCUGAAGGAGGCGGCGUAGCGAUGGCGGGGCGCGGCAGGGGCGGGCGCGGCGGGGGGCGAGGCCGGGUCAGCAUGUCCUUCAGCACGGAGCAGCUGGGCUUCGGCGCGGGGGAGGCACUGCCGGGCCCCACGCUGCAGCCCCCGCCCGUCUUCCCGCCCAUGGUCAACAGGCCCGUCCCGCUGCAGACGAGCCCCGAGACAGACUACCUCCUGACGCUGAAGCGGGACCUGGUGCAGUUCCUGCGCGACUCGCCGGCCUACCUGCAGCAGGAGGAGAGCAGGAAGGACAUAGAGCGCUUCUCGGACCGCUACCAGACCCUGUCGCACGCCCCCCAGGAGCUGGAGCUGGACUGGGGCCGCCUGCCCCGGGAGCUGCGCCCCGCGGCCCGGCCCGCCCGGCCCGGGAAGCGUCGGGGGGGCAGGCCCCCCGGGGCCACGCCCGCCAAGAGGCCCAGGAAAGACGUGGACGUCGUCGGCAAGCUGGAGGAGCUGGAGAAGACGGACGCGCCCGCCAGCGACGCGGAGGAGGAGGCGGAGCAGAAGGAGGGAGACGACGAGGACGAGGCGGAGGAGAAGGAGGACUUGGAGGAGGAGGACGUGGACGAGGAGAUGGACGAGGGCACCGACUACAGCAAGAUCUACUUCGACAACGGGGAGUCGUACCUGGACGACGAGGAGGACAACCUGGACGACGGCCCGGUGUACUGAGCACCGGGAACCCUCGCUUGCGAGUCACUGUCGGGGAUGCAUCAGGUUUAACAUUGCUUUCACUCGAGACUGCACAGUCUAUUUUAUUUUUCUUUCUCACACACACACUGAUCAGUCAUACUUCUUGUUCUGCAUAAAUCUUGCACCCUAUCCCCAACAGCACAAUUGCCCAAACAAAUGAACGGGCAACAUGUGUCUUUAGCGCCUCCCGUCUCGUACACACAGUAAAGCCACAUCAAAAAGCUGUCUCGCAGCCCGGGUGGUAAUAUUCAGUUUCUUUGCCAACGUUUGUGAACAUUGAACGUAAUUGCGUGACCGAAGGCUGGAAAUGCAGAUCUUAAAUUUAAAAAAAAAAGUUUGAAAAUAGGUGCCUCACAGAUAAAUUAGCAAUUGGUUAGUGUUGAUAACUGCUGCUAUUGAUAGCAGGGAAUGUGUCACAUGUAGC